CUUUUCAACAAAGCUCUCAUUCGCUUGUUUUUUUUAAUUGUUGAAGAUAAAAAAUAUUACGGAAAAAUACUUGAAGAAUUGCAAAUAAAUAAAAAAAAAUCAUUUAAUUAAUUUCACAAACGUGUAACGAAAAUUGUUUAUUGUAGUUUUUCUAACAAAAACAAACUUUUUAAAAAACACGCUAGAACAAAGUAAUAGCAGCAACAACAACUACAGCACCACAACAAAAAUGAGAAGAUAAAAACAAAUCAAAAGGAAAUACAACAACAUUCAAGCUUCCCCUUUUUUGAUGUAUUGAUUAAUUUUUCAUUAUUGAGUUAAAAAUUGUUAAAAAAGGGAAUCGUAAAAAUCAAAUUUAAAAAAUAUAUAACAAACACGGAAGUUAAAGAUAUAAAAAUUCGUCACACAAGUUAAUAAGAAUAUAAUAUAUUUAUGUAUGUAUGUACACAAAUAAAUAAAUGAAUGCAAGUGCUAACAAAGAAAUUAAAAAAAAUAGUAUAAAAGUGUAAAAAAUAUGGAAUUUGAGACUCCCUUGCUGGCAGAAACAUCGAAUAUAGUUGAUGUAAGCGAAAAAGAACUUAAUGUAAAUUUUAAUACGCUUUUAACAUCGUCAUUAUCGUCACCUCAAACAUCGUUAGAAACAAUAGCAAUGUCGUCAUCGACAUCACCAACGACAUCGUCAUCAUUUACCCAACAAAAACGUCAACAACAACAACAGCAGCAACAAUUACAACAGCAACAGGAUCAACAACAGAACCAGCAGCAGUAUGAUAAACCACCGAAUCUUAAAAAACAACCCAUGUCUGCUGCUGAACGUUCAGCGACCAAAAAAUCUCUAAUUAUUUUAGCUGGAAUUUUUGCAACCUCAUUAGCAGCAAUGUUUUACGUUUAUAUGAUAUUCCCUCAAUUGGAUGAAUCUGAAAAGCAACACAUGAAAAUUCCACGUGACAUACAAGACGCUAAAAUGUUGGCCAAAGUAUUGGAUCGCUACAAGGACAUGUACUAUUUUGAAGUCAUGUUUGGUGUGAUUGUCGCUUAUAUAUUCCUUCAAACUUUUGCCAUUCCAGGAUCUUUGUUUCUUUCCAUUUUACUUGGAUUUCUAUAUCGUUUUCCCGUUGCACUCUUUCUAAUAUGUUUCUGUUCAUCACUUGGCGCAACUCUCUGCUACUGCUUAUCGAAUUUGGUUGGACGUCGCUUGAUAAGACACUUUUGGCCGAAAAAAAUCAGUGAGUGGUCAAAGCAUGUGGAGAAACAUCGUGACAGUUUAUUCAACUACAUACUGUUUUUGCGUAUGACACCAAUCCUACCCAAUUGGUUUAUAAAUCUAGCGUCUCCUGUUAUUGGAGUGCCCAUGGUUACAUUUGCUUUUGGAACAUUUUGUGGAGUAGCGCCACCUUCAGUGUUGGCCAUACAAGCCGGAAAAACUUUACAAAAAAUGACUAGUUCGAGUGAUGCUUUCUCGUGGACCUCAAUGGGUGUUUUGACACUGUGCGCUUGCUUGUCGCUGGUGCCAGGGCUAUUAAAAAAUAAACUAAAAAAGAAAAUAGAAUAAAGUCCCAGCACAAAGAUGUGUAUACAUGAACGGCGACUGAUGAUGGAAGAUGAAGAAAAUAAUUGCAAAUGUGAAAGUUGAAAAGAAAAAAGCUAAAGGAGUGCUAAAUUGAAAUACAUACAUACAUGUUUAGUGAAUGUUG